AUGAGCAACUCCACUGCAGACCACCUCACUAGUCACCUUUCACAAGACACAGACCCUACCCUCAAUUACUCAAUUUCUAACAACGACAACGCCACCGCAGCCGCAGCCAAUGCCACCACCACCUCCAGCGGCAGUGACCUCUCUAGUGGUAGCACCAGCAGCAAUAACAACAAAAAGGGCAAAGGCAAAGGAGGACCUGACAAUAACAAGUUCAGGUAUAGAGGAGUGCGACAGCGUAGUUGGGGAAAAUGGGUGGCCGAGAUCCGGGAGCCACGAAAGCGCACGCGUCGGUGGCUCGGCACCUUCGCCACCGCAGAAGAUGCUGCGCGAGCCUAUGACCGCGCAGCCAUUAUCCUCUACGGUUCGAGGGCUCAGCUCAACCUUCAACCCUCAUCGGGUACUGGCGGUGAAAGCGGCGGAGCACCCUCUGAUCAGUCUUCAUCAAGGUCCUCAAAUUCAUCAUCUUCCACGCAAAGCCUACGUCCGCUUCUUCCUCGGCCAUCCGGGUUCGGCCUAACUUUCUAUUCUGCACCGGCUUCUUUGCCUGUUGCUGGUGGCGUGGUGGCGGGUUAUGCUCCGUACGGAUAUUACCCCACUACCGUACAACAGUACCCUAACAUGGUACAAUGUCAGCAAAAUCUAGCCUUACAAGAGCCACAACCGCAACGUCAGCAACCAGAAGAUUACCGUACUAGUACUACUGCUAGAAAUCAUGAUAUGAAUGUUGUUCUUGGGAUUGUUGACUCCAGUAGUUAUAUCACUACUACGAGCGGUGCAAACCCUAAUCAUGAGCAGCAACAACAAGAACAACAAUAUUGUCAUAAUCCAAGUAAGUUAUUGUACGAUGAAGUGAACUCGCUCGUAGGGUCAGUUGGGUCUAGCUUGUCUCUUUGUUGCACCCAAACAGGGGCUGCAGCACCUGCACCAUCAGUUUCGGAAUGCUCAGAUCCAACGGUGUCUGGAUGCCCCGGAUCUCCACCGUUGUGGCCUUUGACUAAUGAUGAUGAAUAUCCGCCUACUAGUAUUUGGGAUUAUGGCGAUCCUUCAGUUUUUGAUUUUUGA